GUUUGUUACAACCAACCUCUGAUAAGUACUUUUAACAAUGAAAGUCGCGAUUUUGUCCUGGAUUACUUUGGCAGCGCUAAUGUGCAUCGCUGGGGCUCAAGUCCCGGGUCAACCCGAGGCCAUGGACGCCGCCAAAGGGAGUGUGGGCGCGGCGGCGGGCGCUGGCGGUCAAGUUGGAGCCCAAGGCGGCGGAGCGGCCGACGUUGCUGAAAGUGGAACUGGAGCUGGAAUGUCCGCCGGCAUUGGAGCGGGCGCCAAUGCCCAAGCCGAAGCAACUGGAGCUGGCAGACGUUAGCGCGGCACUUUCGUUUGAAAUCUCACGUGCCCUGCGCUAUUUGUUCAGGGCCUCGCACUUGUUCACUUGAAAGUUACUCCGCAGAAUCGGGGACCAAUAAGAUAAUACCGUUGAUCAAUUACAGCCGCUGGUUGUUAAGCAAGGGAAAGAAAGACGUAUAAGGUGUAUUUAAUCCAUAAAACAUGAAGAGUUUCGUUUGUCGCACUCUAUGAUUCACUGAUGGCGCCAGCUUUCAGAGAGCUCAGUGUCAUAAUUGAUUUGAAAUUGCGGGGCGUCGCCACGUAAUUGGCCGCCCAUGCACUGAAAAUCGGCUCACUUCAAUAGAAGUCAAGCACACCGAAAAACGAAUUGUUUUGGCAGCUUAAAUUCCAUUUAAUGCCUUAUUAUGAAAUACACCCCGAAAUACAUCGACUGUACGGCCGACAGGUGUAUGUGCCUUGGGGCAAAAAUAGAAAUAGAAAACUCAUCAGCGAGCGUUAAAAAUAUCAACAAAAUUUCCACAUAAAUCAAGUGAUCAAUAAAUAAAUAAAAUAUGGC